AUGCCAGAGCCAGUCAAAAAAGCAGUUUCAGCGUUUGCCAAGAAACCAAAGUCUCAGGAGGGAGACGAGGGGUCCUCUGUGGUCUUUGAAGCAGAGACCGAGAAGCCUGAUGCUAAAGUAAAAUGGCAGUGCAACUCAAAGGACAUCGCCAGUGGCGACAAAUAUUUGAUCUCAGCCAACGGAAACAAGCACUCCCUCGCUAUAAAAGCUAUUACCAAGGAAGAUUCCAAUGUCUAUGCAGUGAUCGCUGGAGGGUCAAAGGUCAAGUUUGACCUGAAGGUCGUAUCAAAGCCAGAAGCUCCAGUUGAGGCCCCUGCUGAUGCACCCGCAGAAACUGUUGUCAAACCAGAACAGGCUCCUGCUCCGCCUGCAGCAGCACCCACUGAGGACCAGACCGCUGCCCCAGCACAUGAUGCUCCUCCAGCUGAGGAGGGACAGCCACCGGACACUAGACAGGACCUGACCGGACUGUUCACAGAGAAACCCCAGAGUGGGGAGGUCACUGUAGGUGAAAACAUUACGUUCGUGGCUAAAGUGAAUGCUGAGUCGUUGCUGAAGAAACCCACCAUCAAAUGGUUCAAAGGGAAGUGGAUGGACCUCGCCAGCAAGUCUGGAAAACACCUGCAGCUUAAGGAGACGUAUGACCGCAGCAGUAAGGUCUAUACGUUUGAGAUGCAAAUCAUCGAGGCCAAGCCAAACUUUGCAGGAGCUUACAGAUGUGAGGUUGCAUCCAGGGACAAGUUUGACAGCUGCAAUUUUGACUUGGCCGUACAUGAGGCUUGUGCUGCUGAGGGUUUCGACAUAAGAGCAGCUUUUAGGCGAACUAGUACGGAUGGAAAGGAAGACUCAGGAGAGCUGGACUUUAGUACCUUAUUAAAAAAGAGCAGCAGUUUCUUAAAAUCCUCAAAUCGAGCCGUGCAGGUGAGCGCAGAGCCGGACAAGGACAUCUGGAACAUCCUCAGCCACGCUCCUUCUUCAGAAUAUGAGAAGAUUGCUUUUCAGCACGGCAUCACCGACCUGAGAGGCAUGCUCAAGAGGCUGAAGAAGAUGAAGAAAGAAGAGAAGAAAAGUGCAGCUUUCCUCAAAAAGUUGGACCCAGCUUACCAAGUGGCAAAGGGACAUAAAAUAAAACUGGCCAUUGAGGUCGCCAAUGCAGAUGCUGAGGUGAAAUGGCUGAAGAACGGACAAGAAAUUCAACCAUCUGGAAGCAAGUACAUCUUUGAGAGUGUUGGCAACAUGCGCUACCUCACAAUCAACCACUGCUCCUUGGCGGAUGAUGCCGCAUAUUGCUGCGUGGUGGGAGAGGAGAAAUGCACCACUGAACUCUUUGUUAAAGAGCCUCCCAUUGUGAUUGUUAAGAAUCUGGAUGAUCAGAUGGUCAUGAAGGGCGAGAGGGUGGAGUUAGAGUGCGAAGUCUCAGAGGAAGGAGCCAAUGUUAAAUGGGAAAAAGACGGUGUGGAAUUGACAAGAGAUGAGUGUUUCAAGUAUCGCUUCAAGAAAGACGGCUGCAAACAUUUCCUGAUAAUUAAUGAGGCCACAAAAGAAGACUGCGGCCACUACAAGGUUAAAACGAACGGCGGCGAGUCUAUGGCUGAACUCUUGGUGCAAGAGAAAGACCUGGAGGUCUACCAGAGCAUUGCAGACCUCACAGUGAAGGCAAAGGAUGAGGCGGUGUUUAAGUGUGAGGUGUCGGAUGAGAACGUGAGAGGAACCUGGUACAAGAAUGGUGCAGAAGUCAAGCCGGAUGCCAGAAUAAAUAUCUCACAUAUUGGCAGGAUCCACAAACUGACCAUUGAUGAGGUCAAACCAGAGGAUGAGGGAGACUACACUUUUGUGCCAGAUGGCCAUGCUUUCAACCUCUCUGCUAAACUCAACUUCCUGGAGGUGAAGAUUGAUUAUGUGCCACGCCAAGAUCCUCCGAAGAUCCACCUGGACUGUAUGGGUCGCACCACUGAGUCAACCAUCGUGGUGGUGGCUGGCAACAAACUGCGUUUGGAUGUCCCCAUCACUGGAGACCCUGCUCCCACAGUGGUCUGGACCAAAGGAGAGAAGGUUGUCACAGAGGGAGACAACAGGGUCCAUGUUGAAACCAUCAAGGGACACUGUAUCUUCACCAUCGAGGGGGCUGAGAGGCAGGACGAGGGGAUCUACUCUGUUGUGGUUCGAAACCCUGCUGGGGAGGACACUGCAGACAUCAAUGUGAAAGUUGUCGAUGUUCCAGAUCCUCCCCAGGCUCCCAGAAUCCUUAGCGUGGGAGAGGACUCCUGUGUGGUUCAGUGGGACCCCCCUCUGUUUGAUGGUGGACAGCCAGUUAUUGGCUACGUGCUGGAGAGAAAGAAGAAGAAGAGCUACAGGUGGAUGAGACUGAACUUUGACCCUUAUUCUGAAACAACCUAUGAAGCCAGGCGGAUGAUUGAAGGAAUGGAGUACGAGAUGCGAAUCUAUGCUGUCAACGGCAUCGGCAUGUCUCGUCACAGUCCAGCCUCACAGCCAUUUGUGCCAGUUGCCCCCACAAGUGAGCCCAUCGGACUCUGCCUGGAGGACAUCAGUGACACUUCCAUCUCGCUGAAGUGGCGGCCGCCAGAGAGGAUUGGCUCAGCUGAACUCGAGGGUUAUGGGGUUGAGUACUGCAAGGAGGGCACGGAUGAAUGGAUACCAGCCAUGCAGGGUCUGACUGACCGGACAUCAAUGGUCAUCAAAAAUCUCACCACCGGAGACAAGCUGCAGUUCCGUGUGCGGGCCUACAACAUGGCAGGACCCAGUGCUCCCAACUCUCUGGCUCAGCCUGUCACCAUCAGAGAGAUAAUGCAACGCCCUAAGAUUUGGAUCCCUAGAAAUCUCCGCCAGACUCUCGUCAAGCAAGUUGGAGACACUGUCAACCUUGUGAUUCAUUUCCAGGGUAAGCCAAGGCCGAAGGUCACAUGGAGCAAAGAUGGGGAGCCUCUGAGCCCCACGUUCGCUAAUGUGAGGAACAGCGAAAUGGAUACGAUCCUCUUCAUUCGCAAGACAGAGAGAAAACACUCUGGGAAGUAUGAUCUCCAGGUGCAGAUUGAGAAUAUAGAAGAUACAGCAAGUAUCACACUGCAGGUUGUUGACCUCCCAGGGCCCCCUAUGGCACUGAAAAUCGUAGAUAUCUGGGGCUUUAAUGUGGCACUAGAGUGGAAGCCACCGAAGGACAAUGGUAACUGUGAAAUAACCGGUUACACCAUUCAGAAAGCUGAAAAGAAGACGAUGGAGUGGUUUACAGUCUAUGAGCAGUACAGACGAGCCAACUGCGUCGCAUCAGACCUCAUCAUGGGGAAUGAGUACGUCUUCCGAGUCUUUGCCAUGAACCUUGUGGGCCUCAGCCCAGAGCCCUGCACCACAACAGACAGCGCUUACAUCCAGAAAACUGGUAUGGAGUACAAGCCGCCCACCUACAAGGAACAUGACUUCUCACAGGCUCCCAAGUUCACACAUCCGUUGGUAAACCGUUCUAUCAUAGCAGGAUACAGCACGACCCUCAGCUGCUCAGUCAGAGGCUUACCAAAGCCCAAAGUGACCUGGUACAAAAACAAGAUCGACAUCUCAAAUGAAGCCAAGUACCGGAUGCUCAGUAAACAAGGUGUUCUGACGCUGGAGAUCCGUAAACCCUGUACCUUUGAUGGAGGAGUGUAUAUGUGCAAAGCAGUCAACGACUCUGGAGAAGACAUAGUGGAGUGUAAACUGGAGGUCCGCUCUCAGAUCAUUAAAGAAGAAAAGAAGUAAAGAGGUUCGGGCUGCUGACUGAAGACAUUAUAAUUUUUUCUCCUGCAUGUUGACUGUAUUGUGUCAUGUGAAACUCUUCACCUGCAUCACAAACUGUGAUUAGCCCAUAUCUGCUUUAUAUUUUCAUCACUUUCCUCCUCUGAAAUCAUCUUUAAUAUCACCAUACUCGCUGUUCUGUUAGUAUCAUGUGUAAU